AUGGAGUCGGUUCUUUCAAAGUUAAAUGAAGUCUUGGAUGUUACACGUAGCCUGGCUACUCGGCAACAAGGGAGAGAUAAGGAAGGAGAACAAGAAGCAAAUGAAGAUACACAUGAAGCAAAUGAAGAUGCAGCUCCUGUUAACAAUGAGAUUCCAGAAGCUAAUUUACGAAAUCCCUAUGAAACUGGAAAAAUGGCUAAGUCUAAUGUUGCAAAAGUAGUUCUUGGAAAGCAAACUUUGAAGCAGAAAUCGAAAAAUCUCAAAGAAGUGACAUUUUUUCGGAAGGGUAAUGUAUCUUCCGGAUCAGGAAAAGGAAAAGUGAAUAUCAUUUCGGAACAUGGAGAUGAUUUGAAUCCAAAAUUGUCUAAAAGUGAAUUGGAAGAACAAAUGAAACGUGAUAAACAACUUGAUGAGUUGAUCGCAUUAAAGGAAAAGAUUGAAGUUGAAGAAGCAGCAUAA